AUGCGAGGCGGGAGUAGUAAUACUGUCGCCGAAAGAGACACAUAUAGAGCGGGAGUAGUAAUACUGUCACCGAAAGAUACACGUAUAAAGAUUGCACUGAGAUUUGGGUUUAAGGCUUCCAAUAACGAAGCUGAGUAUGAAGCACCGGUUGCCGGUCUCCAAACGGCUGAAAGUCAUGAAGCUAAACAUUUAACAGUCCUCAGUGAUUCAAUGCUACUCGUCAACCAAGUCAAGGGAGAAUAUCAGGUAAAGGGAGAAAAGCUAAGUGCAUACAAGACACAGCGGGCAGAAGCUGAAGCCUUAGCCACCAUUACUGAAAAGAAAAUCACAAAGUUCGUAUGGCAAAAUAUUGUAUGUCGAUUUGGUGUCCCACAUGCUAUCAUCUCAGAUAAUGGAAAACAGUUUGACAAUGCCAACUUCCGAAAUUUUUGUGAGCAACUUAACAUUCGUCAUAUUCGCUCCUCGCCGGCUCACCCACAAUCCAAUGGGCAGGUGGAAGCUGUGAACAAGAUCAUGAAGCAACAUUUGAAAACCUGUCUAGAGUCAUUAAAAGGAGCGUGGAUGGAAGAACUACCCAACAUGUUAUGGGCCUAUCGGUCGACAAUAAAGACUGCAACAGGGGAAAAUCCUUUUUCUCUCGCUUUUGGGGUUGAAGUUGUGAUCCCCGUGAAAAUAAGCCUUCUGUCAUUACGAAUAGUGGAGUACAACCCUGCCACCAACGAUGAGCGCCUUAGGCUCCAUCUUAAUCUGAUAGAAGAAUUACGGGAAGUAUCCUGGCAGCGGAUUCAAACCCGUCAACAGGUCUCUCAACGUUACAACAUAAAUGUUCGACCGAAAGCAUUUGAAGAGGGAGAUUGGGUGUUACGACGAGUGGCACAAAAUACUAAAGAAACCACAGAUGGAGUUUUAGGACCCAACUGGGAGGGCUCGUACAAGGUCAUUCGAGUUGCUCGACCAGGUACUUGUUAUCUAGCAAACUCUGAAGGCAAGCCAUUGAAGCAUCCAUGGAACGUGGAACAUCUCAAGAAAAUAUUAUCCAUAAAAGUGCACGUUGCGAAAGGAAAGUCUAAGUCAUAUUGUAAAGAUACAAGUAUAAAAGUUCUCAGUACAUAA